AUGGAGAGGAGUAUUGCACAACUCCUUAUAGUGGCGAACGUGCUCCUUACACCAUUAGUUCCAGGGAAAGUCCAGCAGGAGAUUGAUGAGGUGACGGAGUCGCAGCGCCCACCUGGGAUCAUGGACCGGGCACAGAUGCCGUACACUAACGCCGUGGUGCAUGAGAUACAGAGGGUCUUAGACCUGGCGCCUACGGCUCAUUACCACGCAUUGACCGAGGACACUUACUGCAUCAGCCCUGUGGUGCCUGUAUACGCUGCUCACCUGACUGUGAUGGGGACCUCUAGUGGCCAUGGAACGACAGUGAUUCCAUUCAUUUCAUCAGUGCUCUCUGACCCCUCCCAGUGGGAAACCCCCAAUGAUUUCAACCCAGGGCACUUCCUCGAUGACAAGGGGCAGUUCCGCACAAGACCAGCGUUUAUGGCGUUUUCUGCAGGGAAACGUAUCUGUGCUGGAGAGAACCUGGCUCGUAUGGAGCUUUUCCUGCUCUUCUCUGCGCUGCUCCAGAAAUUCACCUUCUCCCAGCCCCCCGGAACCCCGCGCCAGGACUGCAGAACUCUGAAACAGAACAAGAUUAAAAACCUGUUUUUCUCCCAGUUUCUAUCACUCGCGAUGGGUGCGAUGUGCCGGUGCCACAGUUUUUAAGUGCCGGCAACGGAAACCGAUCUCGCACCCUUCGUGGGAUGGUUUCGAGCUGAAUUCGCACCAACGUGCUCAGACAUUAUGGGACAGCAAAUAAAUAAGUGUAGUGAGCUGCCAGCUCCAGCGCUUUUCAGAGCCUGUGUCCCGGCAUCUGACUAAUAAUAUAUAGCCCCGGAAUAACACAAUACAUAAGUGUAGUGAGCUGCCAGCUCCAGCGUUUAUCAGAGCUUGUGUCCCGGCAUCUGACUAAUAAUAUAUAUCCCCGGAAUAACACAAUACAUAAGUGUAGUGACUGCCAGCUCCAGCACUUAUCAGAGACUGUGUCCCAGCAUCAGACUAAUAAUAUAUAUCCCCGGAAUAACACAAUACAUAAGUGUAGUGACUGCCAGCUGGUGCGCUUAUCAGAGACUCUGUCCCAGCAUCUGACUAAUAAUAUAUAGCCCCGGAAUAACACAAUACAUAAGUGUAGUGACUGCCAGCUCCAGCGCUUAUCAGAGCCUGUGUCCCGGCAUCUGACUAAUAAUAUAUAGCCCCGGAAUAACACAAUACAUAAGUGUAGUGACUGCCAGCUCCAGCGUUUAUCAGAGCUUGUGUCCCAGCAUCUGACUAAUAAUAUAUAGCCCCGGAAUAACACAAUACAUAAGUGUAGUGACUGCCAGCUCCAGCGCUUAUCAGAGCCUGUAUCCCAGCAUCUGACUAAUAAUAUAUAGCCCCGGAAUAACACAAUACAUAAGUGUAGUGACUGCCAGCGCCAGCGCUUAUCAGAGCUUGUUUCCCGGCAUCUGACUAAUAAUAUAUAGCCAUGGAAUAACACAAUACAUAAGUGUAGUGACUGCCAGCUCCAGCGCUUAUCAGAGCCUGUAUCCCAGCAUCUGACUAAUAAUAUAUAGCCCCGGAAUAACACAAUACAUAAGUGUAAUGAGCUGCCAGCUCCAGCGUUCAUCAGAGCCUGUGUCCCAGCAUCUGACUAAUAAUAUAUAGCCCCGAAAUAACACAAUACAUAAGUGUAGUGACUGCCAGCUCCAGCGUUUAUCAGAGCCUGUGUCCCAGCAUCUGACUAAUAAUAUAUAUCCCCGAUAUAACACAAUACAUAAGUGUAGUGAGCUGCCAGCUCCAGCGCUUAUCAGAGCCUGUGUCCCAGCAUCUGACUAAUAAUAUAUAGCCCCGGAAUACCACAAUACAUAAGUGUAGUGACUGCCAGCUCCAGCGUUUAUCAGAGCCUGUGUCCCGGCAUCUGACUAAUAAUAUAUAGCCCCGGAAUAACACAAUACAUAAGUGUAGUGACUGCCAGCUCCAGCGCUUAUCAGAGCCUGUGUCCCGGCAUCUGACUAAUAAUAUAUAGCCCCGGAAUAACACAAUACAUAAGUGUAGUGACUGCCAGCUCCAGCGUUUAUCAGAGCCUGUGUCCCGGCAUCUGACUAAUAAUAUAUAGCCCCGGAAUAACACAAUACAUAAGUGUAGUGACUGCCAGCUCCAGCGCUUAUCAGAGCCUGUGUCCCAGCAUCUGACUAAUAAUAUAUAGCCCCGGAAUAACACAAUACAUAAGUGUAGUGACUGCCAGCUCCAGCGCUUAUCAGAACCUGUGUCCCGGCAUCUGACUAAUAAUUGUCAAAGUCAGAAAAAUAUCACGCUGCACGUUGCCAUAUAUUCACCUCAUGCGCGUGCCUGCUGCACGUGCACAUUCUCUCCUGUGCGUGCGGAUACUCGCAGCCGCGUGAUGGCGCCUCGGCCAUGCGCUCGAGCGCGUGGUAUGUGCAUUUACGGUAGAGUUUGUGUGCGUCUAGCGGGCGACUCAAUCGUUAGAGAAUAAAUCCAUAUAGCAUGUUUUAUAGAUAAUGUUCCCCUUAGUAAUAACUGUAAGUUUGUUUAAUGUGACUUGUUCACGGACUUGGGAAUCCCUCUUUGUAUGGUACGAAGGGUCAGACAGGGUUUGAACAGCUGUGUCUGGUACCUAACAGAAGAGUAUUUUAAUAGCAACAAUCCGGUGCUGGUUAGGUAAAGAUUAAUCGCUCCUGCGUAUAGUUAUGGCCAUUAGUAGAUUCUGGACAUUUCAUAUAUUUGCGAUUCAUUAUCCAUGCGGCGGGAAUCCGGAGAUUCCCACCCACCUGAGCUGUUUGAAAUAGUCACAGCCCACCUGUUCAAACUAACUCUAUGACCUUUUGAUAUGAUGCGAGGAGACAAUCCUGUGUCCAAUGAACAAUGAGAUUGUAGGUCCCUUUGUAGUAUACUGUACUCAGUGUAUAUAAGAUCAGCCAGCCUGAACAGCUCCCCCACUCUCCACAAACGGUUUUCAUAUUGACUAACUCGGAGCUGGUACCAGGCUGCGCUGCGAUCGUUCCCAGUGUGUGUAAGUAAUUCUCUGUGAUUAUCUCGCUCUUUGUUUGUAUUGGCCACAUUCUCUCUCUCUCUCUGUUUAGUUUAAGAUUGUAACGUUAUUAUAUAUUUCUGUCUAGAUAUUCUGUUAGAAUUAUAUGUUAGUAUGUAGUGUAUGACUUGUAACUGUUUUACCCCUUUUCGAU